UACAGCAGGUUACAGAAGAAUUCCGUAAACAUCCCAAGCGUCACUUCCGGUUACAUUUUGACAGCAAAACACUGCACAUUUUAGCUAAACGAAGCUCUGAUCCUCGUUAUAUGUUUAUUUUAACACGUUUUGUGUUUUAUGCUCCACAUUUAUUAGCCAAUUUUACUUGUGUGGCGGAAUUGACAGUGUUCAGAAAGAGAUCAGUCUUCUGCUUCUAGCAAAAGAUGAAAGUUCCUAGUGAUGAAAAUGAGGUGGUGGAGGAAGCCAGUAGCAGUUCAUCAUCAGUAGACAACUCCAACAACGAAGAGAUUCCUCCUUAUCUACGUGAAGAACCUCCUGAAGAUGGAGAGAAGGACCACCCUAAGACCGAGGCGGGGGUCAUCUGGAGGGUGACCGGAGGUCUCUUCAACAUGACCAAAGGGGCGGUCGGAGCGACAUGGGGAGGCGUGGCCUGGGUGGGCUGUAAGAGCUAUGACAUCACCAAGACGGUGGUGACCAGCGUGCCGGCCGCCGGCGUGGGAUUGGUCAAGGGCAGCGUUUCCAUGGUGACAGGGGGAGUGGGGGCGGUAGGGUCUGCUGUAGCCAGUAAAGUCACACCAAAGAAAAAGGACAAGUCUGAUUAGACCUAGACCCAACUACCACCCCAUUGCUACAGUAUAGUUUAUAAAUGUCUCCCUGUCUCUCUGCUGUGUUUAGGUUCCAUCUGGUUACUAUGGGGAACCAUUCAGAGUUGAAAAAGGCACAAGUAACUCGGAUUUGCAUGUAAAUCAUUCGUUGACGUCAAUGGGCAAUUUGCACGGAAAUCUGAGUUAAGGUUGCGGAUCUCAAGUCAGAAUACUGUCCUAAGGAAGCAUUACAGAGGGGGAUUAUGGGAAUGUUGAUUUGUUAGGAUAUAGGAAUUGACCAGAAUGUUGAAUUUACUGCCGAGGUACUCUUGAGAGGGAUCUCAUGUCUUUUUGGUUAAUCUGGGUCUGGGUGGUGAAGGGCAUGAUAAUAUGAAGACAAUCCACAAUCCACAACAAUUUGGUAGCGAUUCAGAAAGGACACAUCUACUCAUUUCUCAAAAGCUGGAGGUUAUUUACAUUCUUCCAGUUUUACUGUGAAAAGGUAUCUUUACAUUGACAAGUAUUAAAACAAAGUGAAAGGUACUUCACAUAACUGCAUUUCAUCAGUUUGACAUCAGUGAUUGGGGAAUACACACCAAACAAUGUGUGUAUGUGAAUAUGCUACAGCAUUAACCAUGUCUACACUGUAUUUCUGAUCAAUUUGAUGUUAUUUUAAUGGAGAAAAAAUGUGCUUUUCUUUCAAAAACAAGGACAUUUCUAAGUGACCCCAAACUUUUAAACGGUAGUGUUAUAAAAUAUAUAUGUGAAAAAUAGGCAUAUGAUUCCUAUUGAUGCAGACAAAGAAGGUUAGAGGAACCUUGCAGUAAAUAUUUACAUUGUAAUGCAGGUGUUUUUAGAUCAAUUCUUGAUGAGUUGGACAUGUGGUCAACAAAGCGUGUUAUUGCAUAGAAACGGACAGAAGAAGUCAUGGAAAUGACAUUUUUACGUACAUGUUACAUAUACCAGCAGAUGUCCUGAGCUGUUUAAAUAAAUAAAGCACCAUUUCACCAACAAAGAAACACACACAUUUAAAAAUAUAUAUAUUUAACCUGGCAAUUCAGUUAAGAACAAAUUGUUAUUUACAAUGACAGCCUACCCCAGCCCAACCCAGACGACGCUGGGCCAAUUGUGUGCCGCCCUAUGGUACUCCCAUUCACGGCCGGUUGUGAUACUGCCUGGAACCGAACCAGGGUCUGUAGUGACGCCUUAAACCGCUGAGCCACUCGGGAGGCCUUAAAGUUAAGAGAUCUCUGAGUUAUUGAUAAAUCAGGAAAUCCGUGUCCAUUUAAAUAUUUUAUAAACCUGCUCCACAAUGGCCUAUCAAAGACAUUACUACGAUGAACCUUGUUAAGUUUCAAGCAUCAUAGUUCAUGCCUACGUCUCAAAUGGCACCCUAUUCCCUUUAUAGUGCACUACAUUUGACCAGCACCCAUAAGGCUGUAAUCCAAAGUAGUGCACUGUACAGUAUAGGGAGUAGUGUGCUAUUUGGGACAUAACCCAUUUCAUUCACUUAUGUGUACUUUACUCAAAUGUAUGUUUAUGUUCCUUCAUUUGCAUUAGAUCAGGGACCGCGGCCCAUUCAUUUCCAAAAACGGAAAAAUUAAUAAAUAAUAACGCAUUUAAAAAAUGUGAACUCCUUUGGGGUCUCAACUGACUGUUGAGAGUAAGAAUAGUAGAAUACACAUGGUGCAUUUUUUACAUUUGGUUGUGCAUCAGCAGUUUUUGUCUUAGGUCAGUCACUGACAGUCACUGAAUUAGCCCGUGUCAAUUUACAUUUUUUAGAUUUGUAAAUUUAGUCUAUCCAGCUAUCUAAACUUGUAGUAAUCAUGGUCAAAUUACAGACUGAAGGUGCCCAUGGAUAUUAACCAAAUGUGUAGAAUUGCAGGAAAUUAGCUUAAAAACUGCAAAUCUUUCUCUCCGCCCCACAGCAAAAUUAGUAGAAUUGCAUGGAAUUAGUUAUAAAAUUGCAAAAUGUUCUCUACUCCACAUGGCAAGAAGUAGAAUUGCAUCAAACUUAUUUUAAAAGUACAACAUUUUCUCUAUAUAUUGUAUAAUUGCAGGAAAUUAACAAUAAAAAAGAUAUAUAUAGAUUAUCUCCACUGUCAAGAGGGGGCCACUAACAACAAAAAUGUAGCUCUGACUACAUGUGUGGGUAUGAAUAUGGGUACGCAGACCCGCUAGCCACUGCAGCUUUCAGAUUUGUUGUGGCCCCCACCCCCAUCAGAGGUGCCCAUCUCUGCAUUACAUGUAUAAAUACUGAUAGAUAGUUGACAGCGACAUUCCCAGAGUAGGAGGGACAGUUGAAAACAAACAUGCUUUUUCUUUCUAUGCUUUCCAAUCACUUCUAGCCUGGGUCCCAGUCUGUUUGAGGUCACAAGAUGAUAUAAACACAUCUGGGACUAGUUAAUGCACUUCCACAUUGUUACGUGUAAUCCUGAAUUACUGUCCAUUCUGAUCAGAGAAUAAAAGUAGAUGACCAAUUUCUUCCCACUGGACAAAUACUGGUUGAAUCAACGUUGUUUCCACAUUUCAACCAAAUAGCUCAAUGUGAUGACGUUAUCAACAUAGAAAACUGAUUGGAUUUGAAAAAAGUCAUCAACGUUUGUUUUGACCUUUAUUUAACUAGGCAAGUCAGUUAAGAACAAAUUCUUAUUUUCAAUGACGGCCUGGGAACAGUGGGUUAACUGCCUGUUCAGGGGCAGAACAACAGAUUUGUACCUUAUCAGCUCGGGGGUUUGAACUUGCAACCUUUGCGGUUACUAGUCCAAUGCUCUAACCACUAGGCUACCCUGCCUCCCCGUAAGGUCAUUUUGUAUUUUUUUCCCCCACCCGACUUUUAACCUAAAUCAAAUGACAUUGUGAAAUGUUUUGUUAAUUUCACGUUGAAUUCACAUUAUUUGACAACUUGACCACAUGUAAAUCGAAGCUAGACGUCUGUUCCCAGUGUGCUGUUUGUUCUCCUUUUCGGUUUGCUUUCUUACAUUUUUAUUUGAACAGUCACUGUGAGGACAUUUUUAUUUGAACAUAAAUAAAGAGAAAACAACUUGGCAUGCUAUUUCCCCACCCUCACAUUAUGCAUCACAUGUUUCAACAGGUCGGUUUUCCUUCUUCCUGAACACAAUAUGCUGUUUAUUGUUAUGACAAGUCUCACCUAUUUUAUUUUCAUGCUGUUUCAUCUUGUCCUGUCUUUACUGUUUUCAUCGGGACACUUCUGCUAGUUAAUAUAUGUCUUGGAGACUCUGUUACUAUAAACUGGGAUGGGGCCCUGGUCAAAUGUAGUGCACUAUACACCAAGUGUACAAAACAUUAAGAACACCUGCCUGAUUUUGAGUUGUGACUUUUGUCACCCUCUGAAUGGCACAGAUAAACAAUCCAUGUCUCAGUUGUCUCAAGGCUUAAAACUCCUUCUUUAAUCUGUCUCCUCCUCUUCAUCUAUACUGAUUGAAGUGGAUUUAACAGGUGACAUCAAUAAGGGAUCAUAGCUUUCACCUGGAUUCACCUGGACAGUCUAUGUCAUGGAAAGAGCAGGUGUUCCUAAUGCUUUAUACACUCAGUGUAUAUUGAAUAGUGUGUCAUUGGGGUCACAGUUUUUUGUCUAUGAUAGAACUAUUUUUGCAAAAACUGAUGCUGUAUUCUAUAAAUAAAGCUACUCUGUAUUUUAA